AUGAAUGCAUGCAUGAAUGAGGCUCGGUUGCGUUGGCAUGGAACCUUUUCUGCUGGUUUUGGUGGGGAUGGCAAGACAGCGCAGAGAGUUGCGGCUGCCUGGCUUUGCUCACCGCACCACGUUGCCAUCGUCGUCCAUCGCCAGCAGACUCCGACACUCGCUACCAUGUCUGCCAGCAGUCCGAAGGGGACCACCAACGUGUCCGACAGGGUCAUCAAAGAAGAAAGGAAGAACGAAAGAAAGAAAGCAAGCAAGCGUGGCAGGCACAUGCUGAAUGUCGAGUGUCCCACCGGACCAGGAGCGGUUCGCCGGGUUCCGAGAGACGGACUUGAAGACGACGACGACGACGAUGAUUAA